UUCAACUUCCGGCUGCAUCGUCCUCUGGAAAUUACAACCAUGGGCAGUGUUUUGGCUGCCAGUUCCCCCAACCCUCCACCACCAGCCUCUGGCGGUGCUGCUGCCCCCGGGUUGACGGUGCCGCCGGGCUUUGGGAUGCCCCCCGUCUCCACAGUUAUCCCUUCGAAUGGAGCAUCCUCCGGACAGCAGGAGCAGGCAGAAAACCCUUUGCCUAACCCGGGAGCGUUUGAUGAGUGUCAUCGCAAAUGCAAAGAGGUUUUCCCCAUGCAGAUGGAAGGCGUCAGGCUAGUUGUCAACAAAGGUCUUAGCAAUCACUUCCAGGUGAAUCACACCGUGCUGCUGAGCACCAUGGGCGAUUCCAGCUACAGGUUUGGUGCUACAUACGUUGGAUCAAAGCAGACGGGUCCAGCAGAGUUUUUUCCAGUCAUGGUGGGAGACAUGGACAACAGUGGCAGCCUAAACGCCCAGAUCAUUCACCAGAUCACCAACAGAAUACGAUCCAAAGUGGCCUUCCAGACACAACAACAGAAGUUUGUGAACUGGCAAGGUGAUGCUGAGUUCAGGGGAGAAGAUUUUACUGCAACCAUUACACUUGGAAACCCAGAUGUCCUCGUUGGCUCUGGUAUUGUUGUAACACACUACCUCCAGUCCAUAACGCCGGCUCUGGCUCUGGGAGGGGAGCUGGUUUACCACCGCAGGCCAGGAGAGGAGGGCGCAGUGAUGUCUUUAGUUGGCAGAUACACAGGCAGCAACUACAUCGCCACGUUGACACUGGGCUCAGCGGGAGCUCAUGCUUCUUACUACCACAAAGCCAAUGAUCAGUUGCAGGUCGGUGUGGAGUUCGAGGCGAGCACACGCAUGCAAGACACCAGUGUGUCAUUCGGUUACCAGCUAGAUGUGCCUAAAGCCAAUUUACAGUUUAAAGGUUCAGUAGACAGUAACUGGAUAGUUGGUGCGACAUUAGAAAAGAAGUUGCUCCCUCUGCCGCUCUCUCUGGUCCUCUGCUCCUUCCUCAACCACCGCAAGAACAAGUUCCAGUGCGGCUUCGGCGUCACUAUCGGUUAGACUGACUGAACGGUUCACGACCUGCAGACGGACUUCACAGAACAGACAGACCUGCUCUGGACGAACACACUAUGCCAUGUGCUGUACACUACUGUGUGUCCCAUCACCUCAAACUGUCUCCGACCUCUUUGGCAGAUUCGGUUAUUGUGUUAUUCCUUUCCCUAAAUCAUGAUUCAUCGGAUGUGAGGCGCAGAAACACUGAGUUAAUUAUUAACACAAGUUAAUAAUGUAAAUCAAACGACUUCAGUCCUUCAGUUGCCUGAAUGAUCAGAAGUGUAACAAAGAUUAGUCAGGACUUUGUUGACUGGACUCUCGACAUGAACACACAACCCAGUAGGCGGUACAAAGACAUAACACAUGACGUAACAGAAUUAUAGAGCUCUUUGUUUUUGUCACUGAGUUCAGUGCCUGUCGCGUUUUGUCUUGAAUUUUAUUCUUUUUUUUUUUUACUCCUGUCUCGGCGUGCAGUGAAUGAAAUUGUCGUCUUUUGCUUGUUUAAAGGUGACUUGUUGGUUAUCAGGAAGGGGUGUGCUGUACUGUAUUGUCACGUUCACAAUUCAUCUCUUGUUUUGUUGCCUUUUUUAUGUUACAUGCAUUUGGAACCGUAUAUAUGACUUGUAUAUACCUCUGGGAAACUGAUAAAUACCAUUUCUUACAAAAGCUGCAUGUCUCGGUCGUUGUCCUUCAGUCGAUGUUGUCUCUGCUGAACAGUGAGUGUAUGCGAAUUUCACAAGGAGGACUUUUAUUUUUCGAGUCUGUUCAGAUUUUAUAACCGUAGAUCCCAGAUCCAUGCCUUUCACACUUUCCCAAAUAAUUUUAAUUAAAAAGUUUGUGUCACCCCCACCAGCUGUAAUCCCAGAAGAAAGGAGGUUUUGUUAAAUGAAACAGGUGUUGUACAGGUGAUGUUGUUAGCCAAAAAUCAGUCCCGAAUCUCAGUGGUCACGGUACGAAAGGAGGACAGAUGGAUCAGUUCACCUGGAAAUGGAAAUGGUCUUUUCCUGAGGUGAUUAAAGCUGCUGGAAUUGGAAGUGGAAUUUCCAGGAGCAUUGAAGUUGUACUUGAGGCUUGUGGCGACUGAA